AUGGUACCUCGAACCGACUCCCCUCGGGCUAGGGAUAGGGGGGCGUUGGCAUCUAUAGCAAGGUUCUGGACGCACUCGUAUGCGCCCGACUACGUGGGCUUCGCCGGCCUGUUGACCGCGUAUAUCCUGAUCCAGCUCCUCGUCGAACCCUUCCACCGCAUGUUCUUCGUCAACAACCUCGACAUUGGCUUUCCACACGCCCAAGUCGAGCGCGUCCCGGUGUGGCUCAACUUCGUCUACGCCCUCUUCGUCCCGCUCGGAGUCGUCCUCGCCUACAACACCGUCACGCGCGCUUCAUUUCACAAGCAUCACAGCACCGUGCUUGGGCUUGCCAUCGCACUGAUCCUCACCUCGUUCCUGACCGAUAUCGUCAAGAACACCGUGGGCAGGCCUCGACCCGACCUGAUCGCCCGGUGCAAGCCAGCCGCCGGCACCAAACCGAACGUUCUCGUCACCAUCGACGUCUGCACCGAGACCGACCACCACACACUCCAUGAUGGGUGGCGUUCUUUUCCCUCGGGCCACUCCAGCUUCUCGUUCAGCGGGCUCGGAUACCUGGCAUUCUUCCUGGCUGGCCAAUUGAGGAUAUUCCGUGACAGGAAGGACCUCGGCAGGUAUCUGGUCUGCCUCGCGCCGCUCGUGGGGGCUGCCAUGGUAGCCAUCAGCCGAUGCCAGGACUACAGGCAUGAUGUGUACGACGUUUCCGUAGGCUCGCUAUUGGGAUUCACCGUCGGCUUCUGGAGCUAUCGCAGAUAUUGGCCAAGGUUGGGCAGUCGGGAAUGUCACGAGGCGUACCCGUCCCCUGGGACUGAGUUGGGGGACAGAGAAGGGUGGCAAAGGGUGCGUGACGAGGAACAAGGGGGCCCGGUCUUGGGGCGUAAUGCUGGGUACGAGAUGACGAACUUUGUAGGACAGGACCAGAGCUGA